AUGGCUUUAGCAGCUUUUUCGCAUGGUUGCACAGUUGCUAUACCAACUGGUGCACUUCUUACUAAGAUAGUUGAAAGAUCUUGGGGGAUGUUGUUUUGCGAGUUGUCAAUUUUAUGCGGCUCGAACCAUAAUAAAGUCACAUCCAUAAAGAUUGCCCGUUUCAGUGCGGCACUAUAUUUGUGCGAAAAUCCUCCUGGAUAUGAAUCACUUGAAGUAAUAUCGAAUAAAUAUCCAUUAGUCGACAAGAGUUAUCAGCCAGUGAUGCCUUGGAAACUUCCAUAUGAAGGAUAUGGUGAUCACGCUUGUAUCGGUCGGGUGAAUGAAACAUUAAAUGGUUUGAUAGAAAGAUUUCCAGGUCAUAUAUCUUGUUUUCAUAUUCAUUCAGAAUUGCUCUCAUUUUUUGAUGAUAUAGGAAGCGAGAUGCUGUUAGUUUCGCAUGGAGCACCUGUCGGUGCAAUCCAUGAAAUAUUUUCUGGUAAAUGGAAAUAUGUUGGGCAAGCAACUGUGUCAAAAUUUGUGCAGGCUGAAAAUGGAAAAUUCAUCAAAGAAUUUAGCGGCGAUGAUUCUCAUUUGAGCGAUAAAUCAAAUUUGCGACCAUGGGCCAAUGGGACGUAA